AUGAAGACGCUCAAGGUACAGCUUCAACUAAUUGGAGCACCUAUGCAAGAGAAGAGUGUGGCAGCCACUUUGCAUCAUCAGAUCAUCUACCGAAUUCAAGAUCACACUCUCGAUCUUGUACUUCCUUCGUCUGACGAAGCCCUGUAUCUCGAAGUUACAUCAGCAUCUCAGGCACCAAAUUCGAUACAAAUUCCUCGCCAGAUAUCACGCGAAGAGCUGAUAAGACGACUACCGGAGUCUUGGGUGACAAGCUACGAGAAGCUUCAUCAAGCCACUCAAUCGCCAGUUCAAUCUUCAGACGUUAGCUUUCAUUCACGGAAAGAUGGAACAACGGAAAUCAAGUUUGAAAAACCAAGAUCUUCGUCGUUCAGGAAACAAUUAUUUACUCAAUUUGCCAUCGAGGUUGACGAAAGAGAUUUCUAUGGCCCAGCUAAGAAACAAGACAUCCCAAGGUCAUGUCGAUUCGACAAAGACGGAAAUAUAGUCUAUCCUUUCAUAGAUGAAGAUGGACACUGCCGCUUUGACAUCUGCAACUGCACAGCCUGUUCAGAUGCCUACUGGAGCUACGAAUCCGACGAUGAAAAACGAAGACGAAGAAGAAAGAAAAAGGACCCUCUAUACAAAAGGUAUCUCGAAGGAGAUCCUUCUGUUGGUCCGCUAGGCGAUGAUAGGUAUGACUUUAUAGUUGAAUACCCCAGUGCAAAGAAAGAACCAGAGCAAGACUUAUUGAUGAUCAGCCCAAACAACUUUCCUCCACCAGAAGAUUUCAUCAAAGACGACGUUGCUCAUACCCCAAAAAUCCUUUCUGCAGCAAUAGGUUCUUCUGGACCUACUCAGCUUAGCCAAGCAUAA